AACGGCUGCUACUGCGACUGCGACUCAUACUUCAACUAAUUGAAAGGUCGAUAAUCCAAUUGAAAAGAAUAGUGAGGAAUUACAUUUAUUAUCAGUACUGCAUACUUUCCGCUCUACCAAAUAUAGUACGUUUUCGAAUGUGAUAUUGUAAGAUGGGUGGGGGGACCAAGGUUAGAAAGAAGAAAAGGAUUACUAAGUCCGGUGACUCUUCAGAGAGUGAAGAGGUCCAUAUACCUAAUUAUAAGGUAGAAAAAUGCAAGGGUAAGUGUGUUGUUGGUGAGGAUUCUGGUAAGGAAGACGUUUUUGGGGAUGAUGUUGGUGUGGAUUACUCUUUGUUUGAGAAUACAGGAACUGGUGCAACUGAUGAUGUGAAUGCUCAAUCUAGAAAAGGUGUUGGAGAAGUAGAUUGGAGUAGCUACCCUGGUUUAAGGAGCAAUGAAGACUGGCUAACAGAGCAGGAAGAGGAAGAUGAAAUCUAACAUGUUAAAAGACAUGUCAACAUUAAUGACGUAGAUCCUGAAGAUGGGCAUCAUUCAGACUUUUCAAGCUCAAGUGAAGAUUCAAUCCCAAGUGAUUCAGACGAUGAGGAUGAUGAUAUAGGAAAUAAGCUUUUGGAUGAAGCAGAUGGGGUUGAGAAUUACGUUGAAUUCAUCGGGCUAACAGCAAACUACUAUAAGGAAGAAGAUAAGCGGAAGAUGAGGAUCCUAGAAAAGCUGAAGUUACACCACUAUAUGUUGGGAUGGAAUGGGGUUCUUUUACAGAGUGCAGAGAGUAUUUAAGAGACUAUGGUAUUAGCAAAAGAUUUGGGAUGAGAAAAAUUAUGAACAACAAAGUAAGACAAGAGUAUGUAUGUGAUGAUGAUGAUAACUGUGGUUGGUUUGUGAAGUGUAGCUCAAUGAGUGACAAUGUUACUUUUAGGCUCAAGAAAGGUGAGUUUAAGCAUACUUGUCAACCAAGAGGGCUGGAAACUGCACUUGCUAACAGAAAGUGGGUGUCACACAAGAUUCUGGGAUAUGUAAGAGACAACCCUGACUGCAAGCCUAAAGCUAUAAGGAGAAGAGUUAAGAGGAAGUAUAAGGUGAAUAUUUCAUAUUGGACAGCUUGGCAUGCUAGGUGGAGGUGUUUGGAGAUGAUAUUGGGAAGCUUUGAAGAUUCUUACGCUAAAGUUCCUGAGUUGUGUGAGCAAAUAAAGAAGGACAAUCCUGGUAGCAUUGCUACAUUCAGUAGAGAUAGUAGAACAAAGCAGUUCACAGGCCUGUGUGUGGCUUACAAUGCUAGUCUAGAAGGCUAUAAAGAUGCUAGACCAAUGAUUGGUUUAGAUGCUUUCCACAGUAAUGGUGGGGUGAUUAUGAGUGUUACAUCUUUGGAUGGUCACGGUGGGUUAUUCCCCCUUGCAGUCUACUUCACAAGGUUAGAGUGUAAAGAAACUUGGAAUGCAUUUUUGGAGAUCAUUGCACCUAGUUUGCGCCUCCACGACAAGCCUUUGACCUUCAUUAGUGAUAAACAAAAAGGUAUAGAGUAUGGUGUUCAAAGACAGUUUGGUGAUGUCAAUCAUUUUCACAGGCUCUGUUUUAGACAUCACUACAAGAACAUGAAGAUGAAGCAUCCCGGACCUGAGAUAGAGAAGCUUGCUUGGAAAGCAGCCAAGUCCUACAAUGAAUUGAUUAUAAUCAAGCAAUGAAGGAUCUAGGUGAAACAAAGAUGCAAUUACAAAAGUUCUUUGAAAAAGUGACUGUGGUCCCAGAAGACGUGGACAGUGGUCCCAAAUGAUGUGGACACUAAUUAUCUCUGCUAUUUGAAUGAUUUAACGCUGGAAGAUUUAAAGCGCUGGACAGUGGUUCCAGAUGAUGUGGACUGCUAAUCUAACUAUUAGAUUAGCACUCCCAUAGGAUUUAUGAGCUUGCCUUAUCUGACGUAGAUUGCUAAUCUAGGUGCUAGAUUAGCACCCAUAAGACUUAGCCUUAUCUAGAUUAGCAGUCCACGUCAGAUAGGACAACCUCCUAAGUGAAUGUUACACAUACUAUUUAGACAAAGAAAAAGAAUUUAGUUCCACAUUAA